AUGAUAGACACUUUAACUGAUAUGAUAUUUCGUGAAUUGAAUUUAGCUAACAAUAAUUCUGAUGAUUACAACGACACUCCUAUUAAUAAUCAUCCAUUUCAAUCGCGUUUACUUUCAAGAAAAGUAUCGGAUAACAAUGCUGGUCAUAUUCAACAUCAAAAUUUACAUAAAAUACCCACAAAUCAGUAUAAUAGUACAUUCGCAUCACCUUCUGUACGCGCUUCGAAAUCAUUAUUGAAUAGUGGAGAUUCCGAUAAAGAUGAUACUGACGGAUUUGUCAGAAUGCCUGGAAAUAUAUCUAAACAUCAUCUUAAUAGUAGUGAUAAUGAUGAAUUUUCAGUAUUAUCAAGACAACCUGUACAACGAUUAGUAAAACAAUCAUCAAGACCAGCGCCAGUUGCUCCAGUUCAGCAUCGAUUAUCACAAAAAGUUCAGCUUACUGCGAAAGCUUCUCUCAGCAACAUACAGGACGAUGACGAUAGAGAUGAAAAUUUUAGCUAUAACGAUGGAAAACGCUUUCGGCAUAUUCUUCCCGGUCAUCGUGGAAAUCAUGGUGCACAUCGCGUUCAUUCACCAGCAUUACUACAACACAGUAGACUACCUGCUGGUAUCCUUUCGGCACAUCCGUUAAGGCUUAUUUUUAUUCGUCAUGGUGAACGAGCUAAUCAAGCACUUGGUUCAGAUUGGUUUAAAAAAGCUUUUAGAACAAAUACCUAUAAACCAUACGAUCCAAGGUUACCACAUAUUUUACCUAAAAGACAUUUUGAUCAAGCCUAUGAAUUUGAUGUACCAUUAACAGUUCAUGGUUUAAAAACUGCUCGUUUUCUUGGACAGACUAUGAUAAAUAAUAAUCUUACAGUUGAUAUAUGUCUUUCAUCGCCAGCACUUCGUUGUAUACAAACAGGUGAACGAAUUCUAAAAGGUAUGCAACAUCGUGAUCGUAUUCCAAUUCGUAUUGAACCUGGCCUAUUCGAAUGUCCUCAUUUAAAUCAUAAGUUAGUCGAUAGUUUUAUGUCGAAAAAAGAAUUAAUGGAAAAUGGUUAUAAUAUCAAACCGGAAUAUAAAUCAUUAUUUCCAAAAGUGAAUGCGCCAGAAUCAUUGGACGAAUAUUUUGAAAGAAGUGCUACUGUAAUGCGAGAAAUCAUUGGCCGAUAUGGUCGUUACGGUCGUACAAUACUUAUUGUAACACAUGCACCAGGUUUAUUAGCUUUGACCGAUGCAAUAAAAGGAACAAAGCCGAAUAUUGAAACAUUUUAUCGUACUGUAGCAACAUACUCAACAUUAGCAACGUACAUUGCUGAGUAUGAUGGAUUAAAAUGGAAAUUUUCGCAUCAACCAUUUGAUCUGGCUUCGAACGUUGAUUAA